AUGUCGGGACGGGCCGAGACGCGAACCCCUGAACCGCCGGAAGCCAUGGGUGAGGAGAACGAAACUACUGUCGCCAAGAUGACGUGGCUGAGCAACAAGGAAAUCGCAAAGCCCUAUGGAUCGAUGGUCGUGUACCUAACCAAAGGGACUGAUGCACGGAGGAUCCUGGCAGAUGGAUACUUCCAUGUCGGAGGAGAAUCCGGGACAACUAGCGUUUUUGAGUAUCGACCACGACCGGUGCAAUGCUACAACUGCGAGGAGGUUGGUCACAAGGCAUUCCAAUGCAAGAAGAUCCAGAAGUGCGCAAAAUGCGCGACGGAGGGCCAUCACCACAGUCGCUGUGAUCACACGGUUCCGAAGUGCGUUCCAUGCGGUGGACCACACGAAUCGUAUAGCAAGAACUGCCGGAAACUCUACCCGUCACGUCAUGAAUAG